UGGGGCUCACAGCGAGUCGGACGGUGAGACAUGGCGGAGUGUGGUCUCCGAUAAGAUUCCCUCUGAGAGUUUUGACAGUUUUUCACAUGUUGGAAGAACUUUAUUUUAGGAAAAAAGAUGGCUGCGUAGCAUAAUAGAGUGGAGCUGAAAGAAACGAGGUUUCUUUUUUCUUUCUCGAGAAGGACGGAGAAGCGGUUGGAAAAAAAUGUGUUGUCAUCUUCGCGCAGUCAACAGCCUCAGGCAGCAAAUAUGGCUACUUCUUGUGUAUCCUUUAUUUCGGGUUGAAACCCGUCCCGAGUGGGUCGAACGGGACUGUUUUGAAGAGGCACACUAAGUGAAGUCGACUACCAGGAAGAUUUUUUUUCUCCCCCCCUCCUGCGUCUUUCCUGAGCAAACAGAGGCGGAUAAAAAGAGUUUGUGGGGCUGAGGAGGAGGAGAUGGAGCUCCAGCAUAAAGAGUUGCUGGAGAAAUGUUACCAGAACUUGGUGGAGUCGAUAACCGAUGCGGACCGAGUUGUGGAUGUUCUGGCUCACUGCGGGGCCCUCAGUCAGUCCGAGCUGCGCGAGCUGGCGCACAACUGCGCCUCCAGCUCGGGAAAAGUGGACCUUCUGCUGAAGACCCUGCUGAGUAAAGACAGAGAUUGUUUCGCAGAGUUUUGCACGGCUCUGGAGACCACCCACCCUCACCUGCAUGCCUCGCUGCUGGAUGGGCUCGGACCAGUCGACCGCACAACUGGGUCCACUUACAGCAUCUUGUCCACCAUGCCAUCAGACUCGGAAAGCAGCAGCUCACUCAGCAGCUUAGGUACGUCUGGUCAAGCCUCCUCACCUCUUCCCUCCAACACUGACAGCCACAGAGUGAACGAGAAGAUGGAGACGGUCCUGUUCCAGCUCAGACAGGUGACUUGUGAAAGGGACGAAUUACUCAAACGUUUGCCGCUGUCUUCAGCUGGAACUACUUUUGAAGAAUGCAGACUAAACUCAAAAACAGGUCAGGACUACGAGCGUCUAAAGCUGCAGUGCAUGAAGGCAAUGGCAGACCUGCAGUCCUUACAGAACCAGCAUAGCGCCACCCUGAAGCGGUGUGAGGAGGCUGUGAAGAAAGCAGACUUUUACCGACGUCUUGCGGGUGAGCAUACCCAGCUGAAAGAAGAGCUGGAGGCAAUGAGACAGCACAACAUCCAGCUGGUCAGAGAGCUAAACCAUGUAAAGCAGGCCUGCGAAGAGCUGAGGAGGCUGCAUGAGGAUGACCAGAGGGAAGUGGCUGAUAUGAGGAUGCUGCAGCUGCAGGUGAUGAGAGAGGGUUCAUCUGAAGUCCUGAACAAGAUGUAUGAAACAGCUGUAGACAAAUUGGAGGUGAUGAAGGGUGACUACGAGGCUCUGAGGAAGCGUUACAAUGAAAAAACGGCCAGUCACAAUGCAGACUUGAUCCGCAUGGACCAAAUCGAGGAGGAGAACCACCGGCUACAGAAGACACUGGACAUUCUGUCGAAGCAGAGGGAUGCUGCCAUCCACUAUCAGCAGCAGUACUCCUCUUCUGUGAAAAGGUUUGACAACGCUCAUCAAGAGCUGUCCAAGGCCACAGCCCAGAAUAAGGAGCUGCAGAGAGAGUUGGACCGGCUGCAGUCCGAGACGACACGGAUAAAGACCCAGCAGCUCAAGGCUGUGAAGGACUGCGAGAAGUACAAGGAGGAGCGGGACUCUGUGAUCAACGAGUACCGUUUGAUCAUGAGCGAAAGGGACCAGGUGAUCAAAGAGGUGGACAGGCUUCAGACAGGCUUGGAGAUGGCAGAAGCAAAGCUCAAAAACAAUUCCUCAGAAAGACGAGUUGCCAACGAGGAGCUGGAGGCUCUUCGACAAGAACUGGCCUCUGCGCUGGUGGACAGAGAUCAAGCAAUGUGUGGAAAGACUGAGCUGCUGGAGAAGUACUGCCAUGAGGUGAAGGACAAAACUGAGGCUCAGAAAGAGCUGAGCCAGGCCUGCAAGGACAUCGAGACGGUGCGCGAAGAGAGGGAUGUGGCCCGCAAAGAAAGGACAGAGGCCAUCAUUCAGAGGGACCAGCUGCUGCGAGAGUAUUACCAAGCCAGACAGAAACAAGACUGUGCUACUCUGGACAUGGAGAGAGCCAACAAGGAGAUUGAGAUGCUGAGGAAGCAGUGUGAGGCCAUCUCUCAGGAGCUGAAGGAAGCUCUGCAAGAGGCAGAAGUGGCCAAAUGUCGACGGGACUGGGCCUUUCAGGAGAGGGACAAGAUAGUGGCAGAGAGGGAGAGCAUACGCACGCUGUGUGACAACCUGAGACGAGAAAGAGACAGGGCUGUGAGCGAUUUGGCAGAUGCUUUGAGGAAUCUGGAUGACAUGAGGAAGCAGAAGAACGAUGCUGCGCGGGAACUCAAAGAACUAAAAGAAAAGCUGGAUGACCAGUUAGAGAAGGAAGCACGAUAUCGACAGCUAAUGGUUCACAGUUCACAUGAUUCAGCCAUAGACACAGACUCAAUAGAAUGGGAAACGGAAGUUGUUGAGCUUGAAAAGCACAGAGAUAUGGAUUUGAAUGCUCUUGGGUUUGACAUUGCUGAAGGAGUAAAUGAUUCAUAUUUAGCAGGCGAUAGUGUCAUAUUUGUCUCCAAGGUGGAUAAAGGAAGUAUUGCUGAAGGCAGAUUAAGGGUGAACGACUGGUUGUUGAAAAUAAACAAUGUGGAUCUGACUCAUAAGGACAGAAAGCAGGUGAUCAAAGCCAUGUUGAAUGAAGAGGGAGUGAUCAAUAUGGUCGUAAGAAGACGAAAGUUACUUGGAGGACGAAUUGUCACACCGAUCCAGAUAAACCUGGCCGGACACAAAGACUGUGGCAUUAGUUUGGAAAGUGGAGUUUUUGUUGGCAGUCUGGCUGCAGGAAGUCCAGCCUCCAGAGACUGUAAUCUUACUGUUGGUGACAGACUAUUAGCUAUCAAUGGAAUUGAACUCGAUAACAAAUCUGUUUCUGAAUGUGAAUCUCUGUUGAAGAACUGUGGAAACUCCCUCAGCAUCUCCCUUAUGAAGUUUCUCUCACAAAGCUGUUCUGGACAAAAUUUAUUUGAAACUUUGAGGGACUCAGAAAAGACUCUGCGGCUCCAGUCAGGUGAAAUCCACACCAGGAUCUGCAGGAACUCUAAGCACAACUGCUCAACUCAAACUGAUGUUUGCAGCAGAGAAGAGGAAGUGUGCAGAGACGCAUGUGAUUCYUUGGAAAACAGCAGUGGUUGCAGCUCUCUUUCCCACCACAAGACCWUUUCUCACAGCUCCCAGCACACCUGCUCUGUUUCCACCUCCCACAGUCCUUCAGAGCCGCAUCCAGCUCUCUGUUACCGGAGGCAGGAUCUCAGCCCUCAUCCCCUCACCUUCACCCCUGUUCUCACUGAUGGAAGCUCUACKCAGUCGUCUGGAGACGGAGGGCAGAGUUUUCCACCGACGGCUGGUGGAGGGACAUGGCCAAAAGUCCUAGUGGGAGCUUCAAUUACUGAAGCGAACCCRCUGUCGGUUUUUAAAAAACCCAAACAAAGGAAGUCCAUCUUUGAUGUGGCUGCUUUCAGGAGGCCUGAGGCAAAACCUCACCUGGACUACAUGUCACAAAUAUCCAAGCACUCCCCACAAAGCUCCGUGUCUGACMCUGCUCAGACCCCUCCCACCCCACCUGCCAGGAGCGACUCAUUUAAAUUUAAACAUCGUCAACAGAACAGCUCUGCGUCUGACUCUACCAUCACCAAUGGCACUCCUCCAGCCUCGGUGGCUCAAAGCACAAGCCCACAGGAUGAGGGAUUGGUGGGGAACCAGCUCUAUUACAUCAACCCUCCUCAAGAAAAUAUCAAGAACGGCCCCAAGAAACACACUGAGGAUGAAGGAAGUCGUCGCAGGGCAGACGUGCAAGAAAAGAGGAGGUACCGGCCAAAAUCAGCACCAGCUCUACGACGAAACAUGACUCCGUUACACAUCCCUGCUCCCAUGCAGACACAAACUUCCUCUAAUGAUGAGCACUCCCCAGAGCCAGUGGACUUGUUACGCUUCUCUCCUUUGAGAACUAAUCGGUACAGCAUGCAAUUUGCACCCUCGAGCUGCAUCAGCGUCUCAGCACACCCACCACGACGACGUUUARCACAGUGUCCUGCUGUGGCAGCUGCCAUGAGGAAUCCAGUUUAUACAGCCUGGAGCCAUGAGGUUCAAACCAACAACUGUCCUUCAGUACUUAGCUCGGGGAUCCAUCUGCAUUCACACAGCCCCCAGAAUCAUGGACCCCUUAGUUUGGACCUCAGCCAUAAGCGCAAUGGAGAUUUGACUGAGACCAAUUGCAGCCAACCACCACACAGCACUAACUCACUGCCCUCUACAGCCAGGCUCAGCUCCCCUGGUACUUUACAGUUUCAUGCAGAACGCAUUAAGAUCCCUCCAGCUCGUUACCCUCGCCCUGCUGGGUCAGACAAAGGCUCUCUUUCACACUCAGAGUGUAGCAGCCUGACGCCACCGAUGUCUCCUGUCAACCUGGACACGUCAUCUUUCUCCAGCAGCCAAUCACAAAGUUCCACUUCCUCUCAGCCCAGGAUAUCAGUCAGUCCUGCUCCAGYUGGUGACAGGAGGAGGGACGGGCCGUUCUUGGGGGAGCCACGCAAUGUGACGGUACAGAAAGGAGCAGAGCCGCUGGGAAUCUCCAUAGUGAGUGGAGAAAACGGUGGAGUAUUUGUAUCGAAAGUSACGCCAGGCAGCAUUGCUCAUCAAGCUCGAUUAGAGUAUGGAGACCAGCUGCUCGAGUUUAACGGAAUCAAUCUUCGAAAUGCCAACGAGCAGCAGGCACGGCUGGUGAUCGGACAGCAGUGUGACACGGUCACCAUUUUGGCCCAGUAUAACCCUCACAUGUUUCAGCUGGGGAAUCAUUCUCGUUCAGGCUCUCAAAUGGAGACCAUCAGCAACCAGCCGACUCCCCAAGACAGCGUAGCUCCUAGCCCGGACAAUCACUCUGCUGUUGAUAACCUCAGUGAGCAGGAUGAGGGCACCAUGACUCCUCCAUCCAGGCGGACAACUCCUGCCACAAGUCCUCACAGCUCCUUUAGGCUUCCAGGUUCAGUUUCACUCAGGGCUGCAGAACUUCGCUUAGUGAGGAAGAAGAGGAUUCACGCAGAACUGGGGAUUCAGAUUUGUGGGGGAAACGUUUAUGGCGUCUUUGUGGAGAUGCUGGAUGAUGAUAGUCCAUUGAAGAGCCCAGAUGGGCUACUACCUGGAGAUCAGAUACUGGAGUUCAAUGGCAUCAGCAUGAAGAAUAAAACUAAAGAAGAUGCUUACCUGGAAAUGUUAAAGCCAGCUGAAACCGUCACAUUCAAGGUCCAAAACUGUGCAGACGGUCUCGCUGACGUCAAAGAGACUCCUGGAGAUGGAUUCUUUAUUAGAGCGCUUUAUGAGCGGGUGGCAGAAGUAGAGCAGGAACUGAGCUUUAAGAAAGAUGACAUCCUGUAUGUUGAAGACACGCUGCCAAAUGGGAAUUUUGGUUUCUGGAUGGCCUGGCAUCUUGAUGAGAGUGGGCAGAAGCUGGAAAAGGGUCAUAUUCCAAGUAAAUACAUGAUGGAUCAGGAGUUUUACAGAAGACAUGGCUGCAUGGCUGAUGUGAAAGAUGAGAACGGCAGCAGUAAAACCAUGUCUGCAGCUGCACGAAGGUCAUUCUUCCGUCGGAGGCUGAAGCACAAACGUAGUGGAUCUAAGGAUGGGAAGGAGCUGAUGGUUCUGGAUGCCAUAAGUACAGAUUCUUUACCUGUUACAGAAGAUGGAACGAGCCUGAUGUACCAGCGGGUUCAGAAGGUGGACUGCUCGUUCCCCAGGGCAGUGCUGAUCUUGGGUCCUUUAGUCGAGGCCAUUAAGGACAUGCUGGUGAAGGAAGCUCCUGCUAAGUUCUGUCGCUGUCUGCCUGAAAUCAUGAAGGCAUCUCAGCAGGCAAUAGAGCGAGGAGUAAAGGACUGUGUGUUCAUCGACUACAAACGGAGGAGUUGUCAUUUCGACGUGACAACUGUUGCAUCAAUAAAGGAGAUAACAGAGAAGGACUGUCACUGUUUACUUGACAUUGCUCCUUACGCCAUCGAACGUCUUCACAGCGUUCACAUCUACCCAAUCAUCAUAUUCAUUCGCUACAAAAAUGCCAAGCAGAUAAAAGAGCAGAGGGAUCCUUUGUACCUGCGAGAUAAACUCUCUCAGAAACAUUCCAAGGAGCAUUUUGAAGCGGCGCAGAAAAUAGAGCAGGAAUACAGCCGCUUCUUCACAGGCGUUGUCCAAGGAGGCAGCGUCUCCAGCGUUUGCACUCAGAUCAUGACCAUUGUGGAGCAGGAACAGAAUAAAGUCCUGUGGAUUCCAGAUGGAGCACCAUAAGACUUUCAUCUCACUACAGCUCACCUGCAAACAUCAUGUAGUCAUAUUUGUUACAGUAGGAAACACUAAAUAUAUUUGUUCACCGAAGACAAGCUCUGACCUCCGUUUCUUUCUCACAUAACAUCAGCUCUGAUGAUGAUGCAAUAUUCCCACUACAGUAGUGAUGUACUGUACUACAGAUAGAUUUGCUUACACUAGUAUUUAAUACUUGAAUGUUUUAUUCUCCGUAUUUUAGUAGCUCUGCUUUUAGUCCUUUUUUGYCGCAUGAAUGUGUUGGAUCACGACAAACCUGCACCAGUGGAAAACAGAAGGCCAUAUUGGUGAAGUGAAGAUGGAGUGGACCACCAUGUUCUCCUUUUUUAUAUUUAAAUAUAUUUUCCUAACAUUUAAUUUAUCUAAACAAAUGAAAGGUAUUUCUUAUAUAUUUUUGUUAUACUGAUGUAGUUGUUUAAUUAUUAGAAUUAUUUCUAUUUAUAGAGAAAAUUGCUUCCUUCCAGUUUURUGUUGAUUGUAUGAUGGUACCUUAUUUUGUUUAUUUAUUUUUUCCAUUUCAAUCUUCAGACAUGACAUUGUGCCAAGUUUACAAGUUCCUCUUGAAAAAUAACACCUCCACUUAAAUUAUUAUCAUGCAGCAAGUUUGGUUUAGUUUCACUACUUUGUGUCCUGCUGGUUCUGUUCAUAUAUUUGUUUUGUCUGAAGGGAUAUUUUUAUUUAUGGUUCAUGGUUGGCUGUCAGUUAAAUACAGUUACAGGUAUCUCUUGAUUCAUGCUCGAAGGUUUUACUAAGUAAUAUGAAACACUUGGAAUAAGGUCUGUUUCUAAAUGAAAUUCCUAAAACAUUAAAACAAAUUUUAAUUGUU